UGACAGUGUGUAAAUAUGGCGAGCCUCGCAGAUGUCAGCAGGAAGAUCCUGGAACUUAAAGCCAGAUCAAAAAGAGAUUUGUGAAUUAGCUGAAAGAGAGAGAGAGAGAGGCAGAGACAGAGAGACGGUUGGCCUUAAUUUCACCUUUUGAGAAUGGCUGUUUCAGUGGAUGCGGUAUCCCGGCCCCAUCGGGGAGUUCUCAGAAUCGGCUCCAUCUAUGAACCUAUGAAGUUGUCCAAUCUCCAGAGGGAUGAUGAACCCCUGUGGGAGCAACUGGACCGUUACUAUAAUGCUGUCAAGUCAACCAUUCUGAACUAUCAGAGUCCCACCACUGGCCUUUUCCCUGUGAGAACAUUCGCCAACUGCAAAGACGCAAAGGUCCGGGACUCCUUGUAUUGUGCUGCUUGUGCCUGGGCACUAGGUUUGGCAUACCGACGUAUUGAUGAUGAUUUGGGUCGAACCCAUGAACUGGAGCAUUCUGCUAUCAAGUGCAUGAGAGGGAUCCUCUACUGCUACAUGAGGCAGGCGGAUAAGGUGGAGGAGUUUAAAAAUGACCCCAGCCCCUCCAAGUGUCUGCACUCGGUGUUUAACGUGGACACCGGUGACGAGGUGUACACGUACAGCGACUAUCACCACCUACAGAUCGAUGCUGUUUCUCUGUUCCUGCUGUACCUGGUGGAAAUGAUCUGCUCUGGUCUGCAGAUCAUUUACAACACUGAUGAGGUUUCCUUCAUCCAGAAUCUGGUGUUCUGCGUGGAGAGAGCCUACAGGGUGCCUGACUACGGCAUGUGGGAGCGAGGCAGCAAAUACAAUAACGGCAGCACGGAGCUCCACUCCAGCUCUGUGGGUCUCGCCAAAGCUGCUUUGGAGGCCAUCAAUGGAUUCAAUCUGUUUGGAAACCAGGGCUGCUCGUGGUCUGUGAUAUUUGUGGAUCUGGAUGCCCACAACAGGAACAGGCAAACCCUCUGCUCACUGCUGCCUAGAGAGUCUCGCUCCCAU